AUGGACAUGCUUCUGGAGUGCUCCAUAUUUAUCUUGGUCAGUGCUGAUAUGGGCAACUACUAUCAGCUCUCUGGGGUUCCUGUGCAUGAGGUGAAGUCGGAUGAACCUCAGAAGAGCAACAUCGCAAGAGUCAACGCGGAUAAGGAAGCGCCCACCAAACCUUCACAACUCAAGGUUGAAACCAAAAAACCGGGCGCUAUUACAUUUGUGCGCAGUCGCAUGCUUUACGCGAAAGCAGCGCUCAAUGCGAAAGGUGGUGUGAGAUUUGGAAUGCGCCAUAUUCAUGUCCUCAAUCGACUCACUGAUCGAAAAUACAAGCAAGAGACAGUACAUGUCAUGCGGUAUAUCUUCCCGCGUCAGUUCGGGUUGCACAACGUCUUCACUUCCAAGGUGGAUCAUCGUGAGACAGCCAUGCCGUUCAAAGACUACACGCUGCGCGAGAAGGAUAUACAUACCGCCAUGUCCCGGGAGCUAGGACCCAAAGCGACAGAUGCCCAGGAAAUAGCCAAGUGGAAACAGCGAAUACCCAAGAGACUCCGGGGUGACGCUGUUAAACUGGUGGACAAACUUCGGAUUACACAGAACAUGCAGAUCACGAACAUAGCCUGGUUGCGCCCACCCAGCCAAGGUGACGACACAAAGGUGUCCAAGUCGGACCUAGAUAAGCGUACGGAGAUAUUUCUCGAGUUCGUCUACUGGCUCUUCGACUCUUUCCUCGUUCCCUUGGUCCGUACAAACUUCCACGUAACAGAGUCCAACGCGCAUCGGAACAGACUAUUCUAUUUCCGCCAUGAUAUUUGGCGGAUGUUAACAGAGCCCGCUUUGAAGGAACUACGGAUGAACAUGUUCGAGGAGAUGCCUACUGAAAGCACGGAAAGACUGCUAUCCGCACGUCAGCUCGGCUUCAGUAAUAUCCGCCUCCUUCCGAAGAAACAGGGCUUCCGAACUAUCAUGAACCUCAAGAGAAGACAGCAGGUGAUGCGAUAUGGUACUAUGACUCUAGGAAGAAGUAUCAACUCGGUGAUGACACCAGCUUUCAAUGCGAUUACCUACGAGAAGUCGUUGCGUCCCGAUAAAUUUGGCUGCUCACUUUUCUCCGUCGGAGAUAUGCUUCCCAAGCUUGCAUCUUUCAAAGCAUCAUUGCGACAGCGGGGACUCGGCGACAUUCGGCUUUAUUUUGCUAAGGUUGAUGUUCAGGCUUGCUUCGACACUAUACCACAGUCACGCUUGCUGCGUAUGAUCGACAGUCUCAUGUCGAUCCAGGCUUACAACACCGGCAAACAUGUGGAGAUUUCCCCCCUGGGUCCUCUACAGCGUCUCGGCGGUAAACAUGUGGACCCAAUGCCUCUCAAGAAGUACAUACCGCACACUGAGGCAGCGACGGGUGUAACGCCUUUCCACCAACUCGUGCAAGAUAGAUUGGCGGGCACAAAGGCCAACACCGUCUUUGUUAAUACCAACUUGCAACGGCGUGAGACCAAGGAUGACUUGAUGCAGCUCUUACAGGAGCAUAUCGAGAGAAAUGUCGUUAAAAUCGGGAAGCGCUUCUAUCGCCAGAAGACUGGUAUACCACAGGGCUCAGUUUUAUCGAGCAUCUUGUGCAACUUCUUCUACGCCCAACUGGAACGCGAUGUGCUUGGAUUUGUGCUUGAUGAAGAUUCAUUGCUUCUUCGUCUGCUUGACGAUUUCCUCUUGAUCAGUAUCAACGAAGAGUAUGCUCAGCGCUUCGUACGCGUUAUGCACAAAGGCCACCCGGAAUACGGUGUGGUGAUAAAGCCUUCAAAGUCGAUGGCAAACUUCGAUGUCACGACAGAAGAAGGAGACCGGAUAGCGACAAGCGGCUCAGAUGGUAAAUUCCCGUAUUGCGGCGUCUGUAUCGAUACGACGACGCUGGAAGUCAGCAAGAAAACGGAACGCCCUACAAAGACCGGUGUUGAGGACUCUUUGACUGUAGAUCUGACCAAAAUGCCCGGCCAAACGUUCCAUCGCAAAGCUCUCAAGUAA